AUGGAUGACAAAAAGACGGAUCGACUGAAUUGGAACGUUCCUUCGCAGCCUCCACGGAGUCAGCAGUCACGCGGCGGGCGCGGCGGAUACGGCGGCGGAAACCGGUCGGGCGACCGUGGUGGCGAGCGUGGUGGCGAGCGUGGUGGUGACCGUGGUGGUGACCGUGGUGGUGACCGUGGUGGUCGGUUCUCGGCCUUGGCGGGCGACGAUGUAGGUCAGGUGUUUGCCAUGUCUGGUCGCGGUCGUGUGGGUGGCGGAGGUGGAGGUUACGGGCGUUUCGGAGGCAGUGACCGUUUCGGAGGCAGUGACCGUUUCGGAGGUGGUGACCGUUUCGGUGGUGGUGACCGUUUCGGUGGUGGCGCACGUGUGAAGGAAGACGGUACGUGGUUUACCCGUGGUGGUCGUCGUUGGGUUCCGGAGAAGGAGCGGGAGGUGUUUUCGAGUACGAAGGAGAAGACGGUGGGGAUUAACUUCGAUUCGUACGACAACAUUCAGGUGGAGAUUAGUGGGAAGGAGACUGAGGGUAUCCGGCCGCUGGGUUCAUUCAAGGACCCAGGCACGCCGAUCGAGCCCAAGCUAAUGGCAAACAUCGAACGAGUGCAAUACGACAAGCCAACACCCGUUCAAAAGUACGCUAUACCCAUCCUACUCGCCGACCGUGAUCUCAUGGCCUGUGCGCAAACAGGCUCUGGUAAAACUGCAGCAUUCCUCUUCCCCAUCAUCAUCAAAAUGAUGCGCUCCGGACCACCCAAGAGCACUUAUGGUCAUGGAGACAAACAGAGUGAACCUGUAGCACUCGUCCUAUCCCCCACCAGAGAACUCACCUGCCAAAUUGCCACCGAGUCCCGGAAGUUCGCCUUCGACACUGGAGUUCGUACCGUGGUUGUUUAUGGUGGCGCUGAAGUGCGACAACAAAUAAUUGAACUGGGCAGAGGCUGCGACAUCUGCGUUGCGACUCCAGGAAGAUUAAACGAUCUUAUGGAAAGAGGCCGAGUCUCACUAGCUAGCAUUAAUUAUUUGGUACUGGAUGAGGCGGACCGUAUGUUGGAUAUGGGUUUCGCACCACAGAUCCACGACAUCGUGGCGUGUCGUGACAUGCCGGUGGAUCGUCAGACGGCGAUGUUUUCGGCGACAUUCCCGCGUGAAAUUCAGCAGUUGGCGGCAUCGUUUAUGCGCGACUACAUUUAUUUGACGGUGGGUCGGGUGGGUUCAACGUCUGAAUUCAUAACGCAAAAAUUUACAUAUGCGGAGGAGACUGAGAAGCCAAGGCGGUUGUUGCAGAUGUUGAAGGAUGCUGAGGGUCGUGUGUUGGUGUUUGUGGAGACCAAGAGGAAGGCUGAUUUGAUUGAGGAGUACCUGAAUGACCACAGUUUAAAGGCAAUCAGUAUCCAUGGUGACCGCACACAGGCGGAGCGUAGCCAAGCGCUAGAGCAGUUCAAGAACGGUAAGAAGCCAAUUUUGGUAGCCACUGAUGUGGCUGCGCGCGGUCUGGAUAUCCACUCCAUCACAUGGGUUAUUAACUUGGAUCUACCACACAAUGUUGAGGACUACGUUCAUCGUAUCGGACGUACCGGCCGCGCUGGUAACAAUGGACUCGCUACCUCUUUUGUCAACGAGUCCAACCGAUCCAUUCUACGCGACCUCCACCGACUACUCGAAGAAGCACAUCAGGAAGUACCCAGCUGGUUCCUCGACCUCAGCAAGGCUUGCUCUGCACCAAACACCAAGGGCUUCGGCUCCAGCCGCUACCCACGCGGCGGCAAUACUCGCUUCGGCGGCCAAGAUUAUCGCCAAGAUAACAAACGCACAUACAACGCCAGCCGGAACAAUAACCAACACGAUCACCCAAACUCCAGACCCGAAGCUGUCGACGACAGCGGGUGGUGGUAA